AUGGACGGAGAGGAGAUAGGGAUGAGGGUGGGUGCCUUCUUCGGCAUCCUCAUGGUGGAGAUGGUGUUCGGGGCAGUGCCGCUCCUCAUGCGCCGCUUCAUCCGUUCCACGCACCUCCGCGACCGGCUCCUCUCCCUCGGCAACGCCUUUGCCGGCGGCCUUUUCCUCGCCGGCGGCUUCGUGCAUUUGCUGCGGGAGGCGGAGGAGACAUUCGCGCACGAGCUGGGCGCGGACUGGGAGAUCCCGUUCGGGGUCAUCCUGUGCCCGGUGGGCUUCGGCCUGGCCUUCUUCGUGGAGAAGGUCCUCUUCCUGCGCGACCCGGUCGCCGUCACCGUCGCCAGCCUGCCCAGCGAGAAGCAGCCCUUCUCCAUCGACGAAACGCCUGCCGAACAAUACGGGUCGGUGGUUGACCACCACCAUCACGACCUGGUGCUGGACGAUCGCCAGGCGCUCCUGCCCUACAUCCUGAUCGCUGUGCUCUCCCUCCACUCCAUCAUUGCCGGCGUUGCUCUGGGCAUCCAGCAGGACUUUAACGUGGCGCUGAGCAUCUUCGUGGCGCUCAUCUCCCACAAGUGGAUCGAGGCCUUUGCGCUCGGCGUGAGCUUGCUCAAGGCCGGCAAGCAGGGCCUCUCCUUCUUCAAGUUUUUGAUGCUGUUUGCGAUCAUGUGCCCUUUGGGCAUUCUACUGGGUUCGGGCCUCUACACGGCCGUCGCCGGGAGCACCGCCGGAGAGCUCACCACCGCCGUGUUGACCGCCAUCGCUUCCGGCACGUUUGUGUACGUGGCCAUCGUCGACAUUUUGUUGGAGGAAUUCCAAACGGCCAGGGACAAGUACAUCAAGUUCCUCCUGGCCGUGGUGGGCUUCGCGGCGAUGGCGAGCCUUCUGUUCGCCUUUGAUCACGACCACGGCGGCGAAGAUGAGGACGCCGACCACUCUCACAGCCGGUGA